AUGAUAUGGAAUGGCACACCGGAUUCCACCACACAGAUGCUUGAGACUAUCAACCAACCUGAUACCCCGGUACGACUCACCAUGACAAUGGAUCCAUACACGGUUGACUUCCUGGACAUACGUCUCUACAAAGAAAAUAACCAUAGCCUAUACUCUCUUCA